GGGCCACCGAACAGAGGAUCAUCCUGACGGAGCUGCCAUGGACGCCGGCAAGCCGAACUUCACGGAGAUCUGCGCGAUCCUCUGUAUCGACACCUCGAGCCUCUUCUACAGAGCCUGCUCAAUCUGUGAAAGGACUUUUCCGGAAAAUCCCCCCGCCCCCCGCUGCCACCACUGUGCCGCUCGCAACGCUGCCGCCUCCACCGGUGCUAAGCGCCUCUUCCGCGUCCUUAUGUCUGUAGCAACGGACGAGAAGGUCUUCACGGCAGUAUGCUUCGACAGGACUGCUAGGGUUAUCUUCGGGUGUUCCGCGGACGAGUUCUUCGAAUUUGCCAAGCUUCAUCCGUUUGCCCCUGCUGCAGCAAGUAGGGUCUUGGAGGGAGAGCUGUUCAGGAUGACCCUGUCAACGCCGAAAACUGGGAACGCGCAGCACCUGCGAAUAGCAUCGGUUGUCCCCCUGAGAUCAGAGUAUCAGCCAGUGUUCAAGUGUCUGAGAGAGCGAUACGGCACGAGAAGCCAUUCUUAAAACUUCUGUUAAUAUCAGCAAGAAGACAAUGACAUGGCCCUCAGCUUCAGCUUCUACAUAGUACAUUGUUUCUAAGAGCUUACAUUAUUGCGGUACAUAUCUGUAUCUUCUUCGCUUCAACUUCAGUUCCCCCGACAUCUCGACUAUUGGAUAAGAAUUGAAGUGCUUCCUGAUUA